AUGGAUUUCGCAGCCAGCCACGCGGUUACAGGCGGAGCUCACCGCAGUAUGCUGGUAGUAGUGGGCCACACGAAAUGGCCAGAAAAUCUUGGCCUGUUGGUGUCAUCUCAGACAACACUCAUAAAAGACAAACCCGUCACGAAGUAUCCAAAGGAAAGAUACUCAAGUCAUCCGAUAGAUCUGCAAUAUUUGACACAGUCGAAUGAAGAAUCGAACGUCAUAAGGAAAAGGAAUGCUAUCUCCACCAAAACUCAUAGGAGACCACCUUCUGGACUCUUCGACAUACUAUACGAUGAAAACCCGACGAAGUCACAUAGUCACACCAUCAGUUCUGAUUUUCCACCAGAGAAACUCAAAUCGCCAAGCUACAUCGAGAUUGAGAGAGCAAUAUUAGCAGGUCACACUCUAAGAAGCGAUCGAAAUUCUCCUCACGCCCCAACCGUAACGAUGAUUGACGAAAAGCUUCCUCGAUCUGGGUCCAUAAUAUCCAAUGAUGCCAGUAUUCGACAUAGAGGCACCAUUAAACGCCGAAAUAAGAUGACACGGCGUGAACCUUCGGACCAUGCUGCAGUGCUGUUGUCACUGGUAUUAUCUGUUCAUUCACAAGCAGAAAAAGUCAGUUCUGGUAGGCCGAAACGGUCAAGGCUUUUUUCAGUCUUUCCUGUCAGGCGAAGAACCUCGUACAAGUAUUAUCCAAUACAAAGAAGAGAACAGGUCCUGCGAUUUACUUCUCAGAAAGAAGUGGAUGACUAUUUUCUGAUCAAUAAUAUCACAUCCUUGAUGAAGGAGCUACUCCCUAGUACAAUGGCAAACUUUGAGUACAAGAAACUCAGACGCCCUAAUCCGCUUCUUGUAUCACAUCCGGUUAGAUUUGAUAUGUCUCCUGAUGCAUGCUUUACUAGACUCGAUAUCGACCCAACUGCCAGACAUGAGUCCAAACACGUUACUGAACACGUCAGGUCUUGUUAUAAAUUAGGCCCAAAUACACUCGCAUCAGAACACGGAUGCAGAAACAGUCAAUCAAAAAGCCCGGAAAUUGCCAGACACAGAUCUUUUCUCAGCGCAGUUUAUACCAAUUACCAAAGAAUAACUUUUGCCGGCAAGAGACAAAUUCCUUUGAAAUUGGAGACAGUGCUCCCCUUGGAAAACAAAAUGAUAACUGAUAGCGAAAGGGAUAGUCUCAACACUCAGAUACUAAUGGAAGUUUUACUUCGUCGAACGGUCGCUGCAAAAAUUGAAUUCAGGCUAAACCAAAGCAGAAAGAUGCACAAUAAACCAACAAAAGACUUUACGAAUAUUUCCGGAUCUUUGACAUCCUCAGUAUCAAAUUUAGGGUCUCGAGAAAGUCAGCCUAUAAGGUAUGAUGGCAAAUACAGUCAUUCUUCGAAGAGCAAGGAUAAAAAAUCGAAGAUCAGACAUAAUUUUGAAACAACUUCAAGUGAAUCUGGUGAUCGUGUUAUACUUUCUAAUUCAGCGCGCUUCCCUUCCCCGCAAAUCUCAUGA